UUAAAUAAUUGUUCAACCCCAGCUUGCAACUGGAAACUACAGAGAAGCACAGGCACAAAGACCAGAUCAAUGCCUGUUUUGUUGGGAACCUUUCGUUCCUAACCCCCCAAAAGUUGACUUCCAAGACUGUCUUGUUAGUGCUGAAAAGAGUAAAUUGCUCCGUUGCUAAUUAAAUCCAUCCGAAACUAUUACGAUGGCUGCUUAUGCAGCUGUUCUUUCUCUCAUCCACGCCGUGAGGCGGAUCCAGAUUGUUACUAACCACGCAAAGUUUUACAGGAGCCCAAUCGACCAUAUAGGGGAAAUGGGUUUUUUGCUGCAUCAUUUUCUGAAAUCCUAUUCUGAUCAUGGAGAAGAUAGUCAACAUCACUUGGAGUUGGAGAGAAACAUUGCAGAUAUUGCUCACAAAGCAGAAGAUAUCAUUGACAAUUUGGUAGCCGAGGAAAAUGUUUUUCCGGGCAGCAGCGAUCGCGAGUCAUACUUUGAGUCGUUUCUUAGAGUCCAGGUAGAUAUGAAGUUUUUUAUUGAAAAGGAUCUGGAGAUUCAAGUCCCGAGCAGAUCAGUUCAACGUCGGCGGCUGUCUCCAUAUCAGAAACUACACGAAUACUCUCUGCCAGAUGCUUCGAAGAGACCAAUUGUGGGACUUGAGAUCCAACAAAAUCAUAUUUUUGAAAGGCUUACGACAGGACAAUCUUCACUUGAGGUCAUUCCAAUCAUUGGGAUGACUGGAAUCGGUAAGACCACAUUGGCUCAAUCUAUUUAUGGAAGUAAGUGUGUUUCGAAUCACUUUGAGAUCAGAAUUUGGAUCACAAUGUUCCAAGAAUGCACUGUCCGAGAUGUUCUUCUGCAGAUUUUUAUUUGUAAAGACACGCAGUACCAUAGCAGCAGUUUACUAAGUGCGAGCCAUUUGGGAGAAAUCCUUUACAAAUAUUUAUUCAUUUGGAGAUAUCUAAUUGUAUUAGAUGACAUAUGGAGUUGGGAAAUUUGGAAUGGCAUAAGGAUUUUCUUUCCAGAUUCGGGAACUAUGAGUCGAAUCAUUGUAACAAGUAGGCUGUCCAAUGUGGAAACUUAUUUCGGCUUUGCAGGCAUUCAGAUGAGCUUCCUCGACAGAGUUAAAAGUUGGGAAUUGCUUUGUGAAACUAUAUUUGGAACAGAGGGUUGUCCUAAUGAACUUGAGAAUGUAGGAAAGGUGAUUGCAUGUAAUUGUAAAGGGCUUCCUCUCUCGAUCCUUCUCAUUGGGAAACUUCUAAAAAAAUCGCGUUCGAAUAAAGAGUGUUGGGAGGAUGUGGCAAGAGACAUGGCCUCAUUUUCGAAUUUGGAGGCGGAAGAAGGUUAUCGCAAAAUCUUAUUGUUGUGCUACAAAUCCUUGCCAGAACAUUUAAGACGAUGCUUACUUUUAAUGCUCCAUUUUCCUGAAAGAGAUGGAAUUUAUGUCUUUCGACUCAUAGGUCAUUGGGUUGCUCAGGAUUUUGUAGAAUCAUAUGACAAUAACAAAAGUUUGAAAGAGGUUGGUCGCGAAUAUUUAGAGGAUCUUGUUGAGAGGAAUCUCAUUAUGAUGGUCUAUGAGUCGGGAUUAACCAGAAAAAUGACAAAAUGCUAUCUCCGUGAUUCUACACGAGACAUGCUUAAGGUAUGCUCUAGAAGAGAGAAGCUCUUUGAGGAAUCACUACAUUCCGCAAGACUUCCCUAACGAGAGCAUCCCUUUGUUUCUCAUGAAAGGCAUCUUCGUCUCAAUUAGAAUUUGAUGAUGUCUUACAUCCAUUAUGGCGUCCCACCCACAGUUUGAGCAUACAUUGCUGCGCGUAGCGGAUGCUGUUGUAAUAAGUUCUUUAGAAGAUAUGUUUAUACAUGUCAAUCUUCGGUACUUGAUGAUGUUGUUGGACCUCAGUGUGCAGAUUUCCUUCCAUGUUAUCCAACUCUGGAGUUUACAGACUUUAAUUUGCCGCAACACUUGUCUGGUUUCAUCUCUGAUCGAAGUUUCGAAUAUGAAAUACCUAAGACAUGUGGGCAUUCAAUGAGAUUCAUCUUCCAAAACUUGCAUGAUCUGGAACACCUGAAGAAUUCUAUGAAAGUAGUCAAUUUUAUUUUUUUUUCUUUUUUUAUGUAUAUGUACAAUGUUGAUUGCUGCUACUUUCUAUGGCGUGUUUCUUUUUAUUCUCCGAGGUUUGAAAUGUUUGAUAUGAUGUUUUCAUAAUGUGCAAGUCA